UUUGGACUAGUCGACUCGGUAACUUCUCCCGUGUUUGGUUAGCGCGUGUUCGAGGUAAUUCCGGAUCACGUGAUUUUGUUUUUGUAUUAUACUUUUCGUCUUCUUGUUUGUGUAACGAAACUAUAAUAUAUUACUAUUGUUUUCGAUUAAUAAAUUGCACAUUGAUAUCCGAUAGGUGUACUAAAACUUAUAAUAUUAUAUAAUCUGACAGGCAGUCAGGACUUAGGGUGGAUUAACAUGUCUUACUCGAACAGACUUUGAGUGUAUAUAUAACAAAACUAAUAGACAAACAUCGGAGCAGUUGUGAUUGAUGGAAUCAUAAAACAAUAAGUGAGUGCACGUACCAACCGAUAUAAGAAAUAUAUUAGAAAAUAAUUAGAUAUUGUAAUUGCCGGUUGUGAUGUUCGUCUAAAGUUGUUGCUUUUAUCGCGAUUAUCGAUAACAUUUAAAACGGUUUGAUAGUUACUAUAGGUAGGUGUUUUAGAAAUAGAAUAAAAAUGGACAAUUGGAAGAAAAUAUCGUUUUUGGUCGGUGUGUUUGCAUUCAUAAGAGAAUUUCGACCCAUCGAACCAUUUUAUGCUGCGUACAUGACUAGUCCUUACAUUAAUUGUACUGUGGAACAGGUACCAACAGAGCUCUAUGCUGUGGGAUCAUAUUCUAUGUUUGUGUUGAUUAUUAUCGUAUUUUUGGUCACGGAUUAUGUCAGAUACAAACCUGUACUAAUCGUCGAUGGAAUUGGCGGAGUACUUCAUUAUAUUGCCAUAACAAAUCGUCCUUCAAAACUCAGAAUACAGUUUGGACAGGCGUUCUAUGGCUUCUUUUUUUCCGCUGAAGUUGCUUUAUUUGGAUACUUAUAUGCAAUGGUGGAAGAAAAAGAAUUUUAUCAAAAAAUAACUGGUCACGCGAGAGCUGCAACAUUGACGGGAAAAUUCUUUUCGUCAUGUUUGUCCCAAAUUCUAGCCACCACUUAUGGAACUCCUCCGUUCAACGCUCUCGUGUAUAUGUCUAUUUUCGGUAUGUCAUCUACGACCCUAUGGGCUAUUUUCUUACCACCAGUUAAGCAUAGUCUUUAUUUCCCCAAUAAGAAAAAAAUCGAAGAAACAUCGAUGGGACAAUCCACCGUCACCAUAUAUAACCCACAAAAGUAUAAAGAUUCUCAGCUGAGCAUUGAAGCAGCUCCCAAUCAGGAGAAAAUCGACAAUCCCGAAAAUAACAGCGUCGUGGAACCAGUAGACAGUGUGAUCAGUAUGCUGUACAAAGAUUUUAAACAAUCGUAUUCCGACCCAUACGUUCGUAAGCUCUGUUUUUGGUGGGCAGUGGCGAUGGGUGGUUAUUUACAGGUGUACGCGUACAUAAAUGUGCUCUACUCGUACGUAUUGAAAGAAAACGAAGACACGGAGUUUACGCUGUAUAACGGCGCGGCAGAAUCUCUCAACACGCUCAUUGGUGCCUUUUCCGCGUUCGCUAUAAGCAAGGUAAAUUGGAAUUGGUAUUCUGUUGGCGACAUUUUCUUCGCCAUUGGAUCUAUUAUCGCCGCCAGCGUGUUAUUGUGCUGCGUUUACUGCCGAAACUUGUGGUACAUCUACGCAUUCUACAUCAUCUACGGAAUGAUGUAUCAGACUAUGUUGACUAUUGCCGAGUCCGAAGUCGCCAAACGAUUAAAUAAAAAAUGUUACGGAUUGAUUUUUGGAUUUAAUACAUUUAUCGCUGUAUGCAUUAAUACCAUUAUUAUAUAUGGAGUAAUUCAAGGCCAUUUUAUUAAGAUCAACAUAGCACAACAAUUUUUGAUAUACACCGUGUUGUACGCAUUACUAGCGUUAUUCUUUUUCGGCUCUUCUGUUUUGAAAAUGUUCAAAGAUGAAGGUAUCGUAGAAUACAACUGAAGCCUGAACGUGUCCGUCCUAUUAAUGAACUAGAUAUAUUUUUCUCUAGAACAAAAGUAAUUUUGUGAACAAAUGGACUUAAUACGAAUAUGAUGUAUACAAGUAUAACUUAAGUAUUUUAAGAAGACAAUGUAUGGUGUAUGUUGUAUGUGUUAUUAAGUAUAUUCACUAGAUAUUAUAUAAUAUUUAUAUUCUUAUUCAUGAACAGUUGUAAAUUAUUUAUUCAAAUUAUACAGGAUUGUCCACCAAAAUUGCCAUCUUCCAUUUUUGUCUUUAAUUGGUAUUUAAUUUAUUCAAAUUUUGAUUUUUAGAAUGUUCAAGUUUAAUUAAGGUCUAUAUUUUAAAAUACAGGAAAAUACAUACUUUUUACGAAUAAGAACUUCCGUUUUACUUGUUAGUUGUUAAGGAAAUUAUUCUUUUUAAAUGUCGAUGUAAAUAUAAGCAAGAUAUGUGAUAUAUGAUUGUUAAUAUAUGGGACCUAUGAUGAUUAAAAAUUAUAAUAAUCAAUAUUAAUUUAUUGCAAAUUUAUAAUUGUUCAAAUUUUAAUUUAGAUGAUUCAAAAUAUUCAAGAAGUUUGUGUCGUUAUAUGAUAUAUAAAAUCUAUGUGGGUACUUAAAAAUAGUAUCUAUAAGAAUGCUUAUGAAUUUAAAAAAAUCAUAAAAAAAGGAAUUAUGCUUGAUAAAUUACUCUGUAUAUUAACUAAAAACAUCAUUAUGUGUAUACCAAUUAUU